UAUUUCAGGUUUGUGGUAGUCAAUUGUUGAAAGAACCAGUCUACUGCGGUGGUGCUGAUGUGUUGUGGUCACUAUUUAAUCGCACUGCGUUGAAUAGUAAGGACUUGUCACCUCCACCAUAUGCUUCUCAUACACCCAACAUUUAUAUCGAUAUCGACAUGUUGAGUAAGGAAUUUCAAGAAAGAAUAUAUGCUAUACUACAAAAGAGUAGUAUCGGAGAAAAUCUGUCGAGGAAUUCCUUCAAUGGUACUGUCUUUUUGUUACAGGCACGGAGUAAUUUUGUUGCUGGUUUACUGUUAAUACAUCAAAAUGAGUGUACAGUGGAAUCAGAACGCAGUUUCGUUAUGCCUCAUUUACAUCUAAUUGCGGCACUACUCUCAAUUGUUGCCAAUAUUGAAGAGCAGAAACGUUUAGCUCAACAGUCCCAAAUAUUUCUUACCAUGACGCAAAAUGUAUUCUCGAGUUUACAAGAUAUGAACUUGUUGGUGAGAAACAUAACGAAAGAAGCCAAAACCCUUGUUUAUGCCGAAAUAUGUUCUUUGUUUCUCCUUGAUCGUGAAAACUCUGAAUUGGUUGCUGAAGUAUUCGAAAAAAAUGGCUCAAGUGAUGAAUAUCUGACGGAAAUCAGAAUGCCAUUGUCACUGGGCAUUGUUGGACAUGUUGCGAGCACUGGACAAAUGAUUAAUGUCAAGGAAGCUUACAGUCAUCCAGCUUUCUAUCCGAAAGUGGAUGAACGAACCGGUUUCGUUACACGGAAUAUAUUAUGUUUCCCGAUUAAGGAUAGUUCUGGAAACCUUGUUGGUGUGGCGGAGUUAUGUAAUAAGAUUGGAAAGCCUGCUUUUACGAAGCACGAUGAACAAAUUGCGAUGACAUUUGCAGUAUACUGUGCUAUCAGUAUAUCACAUUGUCUUCUUUAUCGAAAACUGCAAGAGGCUCAUCGACGAUCACAUUUGGCUGCUGAGUUACUAGUACAGGGUUCCACACUGUCGAUUGCACCAGAAGAUUUGUUACGAUUAACAGCAGGUGAUAUACCGGCAGCGACCUCCUUUGCUCCAGAAUUCGAUCAUUUUAAUUUUCCACCACGUUCCAUAGGGUCAGGCGAUACCUAUGUUGAAGCAGCAUUAUCCAUUUUUAAGGAUCUAGGUUUCGUGCAACGAUUUCGCUUACAACGGCGGACAUUGGCAUGUUUCUUACUAAUGGUCCAAAAGGGUUACCGUGAUGUGCCUUAUCACAAUUGGUCUCACGCAUUUGCGGUUGCGCAUUUUACGUAUCUGUUACUACGAACUGAAACGGCACACAAUGCACUCAAUGAGCUGGAAAGUUUUGCUCUCUUUGUAGCAAGUUUAUGUCAUGAUAUCGAUCACCGGGGUACUACCAAUGCAUUUCAAGUGCAGUCGCGAACACCUCUAGCGCAGCUGUAUAGCAGUGAAGGCUCGGUGCUGGAGAGACAUCAUUUUGCUCAAACAAUAUCAAUAUUAAAUAUGGAAGAGUGCAAUAUAUUCGUUUCAUUAAAUCGACACCAAUUCCAUUCGGUCUUGGAUCACAUAAGAGAUGUCAUUCUCGCAACCGACAUAGCUAAUCAUUUACAGAAAGUGCAAGAUAUUAAUCGCAUGGUUGAGGUUGGCUUUGACAGUUCAGUAAAGCACCAUCGGUAUUUAUUACUAUGUCUUAUGAUGACCUCAGCCGAUCUGUCUGAUCAGACAAAGGAUUUCAGAAAUAGCAAGGCAAUAGCUGAAAACAUUUAUAAGGAAUUCUUCUCUCAAGGAGAUCUAGAAAAGCAGAUGGGAAAUCGUCCACUGGAAAUGAUGGACCGGGAUCGUGCAUGCGUCCCAAAACUGCAGCUUGAAUUCAUGGAUACAAUUGCAAUACCCGUUUUUGAGUUCUUAUCACAGUUAUUACCCGAAAGCAAAAGUACUUAUGAAUCCAUGUUGUUCAAUCGGAAAUGUUGGUUGGCGCUCGACGAGAUACUGGCCGAGGAGAAAUACCCAACUCUUGGUCUAGAUUAUCUGAAGGAUACUUUUCUUGAAAAGCGAGUAAUCAAGCGAGCUCGACAACAGCACGAAUAAUAAUAAAAGGGAACUCGAUAUGUUUAAAUACAGUCACUCAGCAGCUAACAUUUAUAGCUCAGUUCUUCUCAUGCAUGACGAACCUGAAAAUGAUUUGUCAUUACUUUGCGUAAUACAGCAUCCAAGCAGCCACCAUUCUUCAUAACUUCUUUGUUCAUCAUUUAUUAUAUUUCAAAUGGGACGGAUAUAUCUCCUUGUUGCCUUUUUCAUUCUUCAUUUUCUUCAAUUUGUAUGAAAUAAUACAGCUGCCCUCUUUUUUUUUUUUCAUUUUGCAAUUGAUAAUAUAG